UUUUGUCGGGGCUGAACGCAGCCCUGGUCUGCUAUCGCGGGAAUUUAUGAGGACAGCGCCACCGUCUUCACGAGCCUCGUUUUAAACCGGUUGUAAGUGUAGCGGCGGCAUCUACUUACGGCGCUCGCUAUUGCUAGGCGACGGGCUUUUUGCGUGACCCGAUUCGAGCUCCAUCCAGGGUCGCCUCGUCAUUGUAGCGGCUCCCUCUCCACUCACAUCCUCCUCGACAGCCCUCUUCUCCCUCUCCUCUGCAUCCCUCCACACACAUUCCAGGUAGCCAGACGACCUAGAAAAUGUCUUACGCGGGGAAUCCCUUGGUGAUCAUAUUCGGAGUCUUGAUGCUGCAUUCGGGCUCCGCUCAGAACGAACCAUCAAUUGAGUCAACGGAUCACAUGAUUCUACCCAUGGGUUACCACAUCCCACCAAUCACGCUUCAGUGCAACCUUACAACUUCCCAAAGCAACCACCAUGAGAGCUUCUGGAUGAAGAAUGGGGUGGAGAUCUCUGACACAAGGGGCGAAGCCAAGAGCACAGAAUACAAACUUAAUAAACCAAGGCCAGAGGAUUCGGGCGAGUAUAUGUGUGUGUACACAUUCGAUUCGGCCCCUGCAGCAAAUGCCACUAUUGAGGUUAAAGCUGCACCAGACAUCACGGGGCACAAGCGCAGCGAGAAUAAGAAUGAGGGUGAGAGAGCUGUCCUCUACUGCAAAUCUGUGGGUUAUCCUUAUCCCAUGUGGACCUGGCGUAAACUUGAUAACGGCAUCAGUAUGGAUAUUGACAACUCCUCUGGCCGCUUCUUCAUCAGCAGCAAGGAUGGCUACACCGAGCUGUCCAUCAUCAACCUAGACAUAACCUCCGACCCCGGGGAGUACGAGUGCAACGCCACCAACAUCAUCGGCUCCAACUCCAUGCCAUCAGUUCUGCGUGUCAGGAGCCGCCUGGCCCCCCUGUGGCCCCUGCUGGGGGUCCUCGCCGAGAUCAUCAUCCUGGUGCUGAUCAUCGUCAUCUACGAGAAGCGCAAGAAGCCUGAUGAUGUUCCUGACGAUGACGAACCAGCUGGGCCAAUGAAAACGAAUUCCACCAACAACCACAAAGAUAAAAACCUACGUCAGAGAAAUACAAAUUGAUUUCAUCAUUACAAGAUAAAGACAUUCACAUCAUGACCAUAUGAAUGUUAAUCAUGAACGGUUCAGUGCACUGGUAAACAAAUCAAAGGUGGGGGAGUUAAAUAGAAGACCGGAAGAAAUGAGCACCCGAGGCUUGCCUUAUAAAUCUGGUGUGAGGAGGACGAGUGAACAGAACGGAACCGGAUUCUGAACAUUUUCUUGCAUGAUUGUGUUGCGUUUUCAACUUUUUCCAUGUCGGGCAAAAGUACACAAAUAAUAAUUGCAUGCAAGAUAAUUACUGUUUGAUACAGGCUUUUUUGUUUGUGUAUUUAUGAAUGACUUCUGUUCAAGCAAGCCUUUAACUUAUCGCAAAUA